AUGAAACCCCGUCGCCUUGCGCCCACCCUUUUACCCGAUCCACAGAAUUUGCUCAAUUCCCUCGGCAUCAUGGACAUUCUGGGUCCAUUCGAGGAGCCUGACGUGCGAAUAUUGAUGCCCGGAUCGAGUGCGGCGCUUGAGAGUUCGGAGACGGAUGAGGAUUUGAGCGAGUCAGGGAAACGAAAAUAUCGAUCGUUCACCAUCAUGCAAAAAGCCGGAUUUCAGCAUACGGAAUAUGUGCGAAUCAUGCUUCAUUUGUGCAACGCAGAGUUGGUGAUCUCGAGCGCGUUUAUGGCUCACGGAAUGUGGUGUCCCGGUUUCCCAGACGUGGCCGAGUAUCAAUCAACAUGCCAUAUGAAUGCUGUCGGAGCUUUGGUUGGGAUCUUUGCCGCUUUGAUAGGCAUUGGAGCCGUGAAUCGAUUUCGAUGGAGAACAGUCAUAAUCGCCUGGCUAGUUAUGUGUAUCAUUGGGGCUGUUGGCAAUCUUUUGGCCGUGAUCACCGACGGGAUUUGGCUUGAUCAUCUAUCGAAAAUGAAGGAAAGAACGGCUCUCGCUUCGGGUCUUUCCGGGCUAAUGUUGCUUUCUUCGGUGGCAGUCGGAGUGUGCUUCAUUUUGACGGCUGUCAUGAUUUGUCACUAUUGGAACUCGAAUUCUCCCCGAUAUCAACCUGUCGGAAAAUUCUCAAAAAGAUCUCGCUCGGUUCGACGCCGGCUCACUCGAUUAUCAAGUGGACAAGAAAGGAAACGGAUACAGGACAAAGCAAUCAAAGGAGCUCACAUCGUU